AUGUCGCCCGAAGCUCUUGCUGCACUGCUCAAUGCGCCGGCUCUUCCUGCGCCGGAGGGUGUCACCCCGAACUUCGACAAUCCAUCCAAUGCCAAUGGGUUGGCUUGGUUUGUGACAACCUUUUGUAUGGUCGUGGCGACUAUGUGCCUUCUCCUCCGCCUAUACGUGCGUCUCUACCUGGAGAAGAAGUUCCGUGCGGAAGAGAUGUUGGUCAUUCUGGCAUAUGUGCGUCCUCUUACCUUUGAUAUUCAUGUUACCUUCGUACACGCCAAGAAGAAAGGCGCCUACUGGGGCACAGCUUAUGCAGGCUACUCGUUGAUUUUCACACCCGGCUAUUAUGUGCACACCUGGAACCUCCGCAAUGGAGACCUGGUCAAGCCACUCUAUUACAUCCUCGUUUACGGUUGCUGCUAUUCCGCAACACUGCCGUUGAUCAAGUCAGCUAUCCUGAUGGACUGGUGUCGAGUGUUCGUUCCCGUGGAGAAAUCCAGAAACUCUUUCUGGUGGGGCUGCUCGGCCAUCAUAACCCUUCAGUGUCUCUGGGGUCUUCUCUGUGUCAUCCUUCUGAACAUGCAGUGUCACCCGCAUGAAGCCAUCUGGAAAUUCUACCUCCCGAGCAAAUGCUACAGCCUACCUGAUGUGAUGCUCACCUCGGCAAGCGUCCAGGUCGUGUCGGACAUUGCUAUGUUCCUGCUUCCCCAGCGAAUUAUCUGGGGUUUAGGUAUGAACUGGCAAAAGAAGCUCGGUGUCUCCGUCCUCUUCGGUGUUGGUAUUCUGUACGUCAUCCUCCUCUCUCCACUACAUCAUCGAUCCAAAGCUAACACCUUCAACAGGGCCUGCAUUGCAGCUAUCUUGCGACUUGUGAAAACAAUUGCCUUUGCCAGCGAGUCCGACACCAUGUACCUUAUCGGCCCUCUUCUUUUCUGGGCCUGCGCUGAAAUGACCUGUGGUUUCUUCAUUUUCAGCGUUCCCUGCCUCUCCAAGCUCAUCAUUGAAUCUGGGCUUCCGGGUAGAGUGAAGCACUCUCUCGGCUUCAGUGCCAGAUCCAGUGAGCCCUCGAAUGCGGACUCGGGUUGUGAUUCGCAGUACGACCCCCCCUUCCAAGCCUUGGGUUACUGGCGACACUACCUGGUCCAAACUUGA